UGCCUCAGUGUGCUUCAGCUGCCACAAUUGGAGCUUGCUCUCCGUCUCUCUCUCGAGGAAGUUACGGUUGCUACGAGCGGGCUGACUUGCUAAAAAAAAGUAAACAAGUCUGUGGAAUGAGAUGAUAUACAACGGCGGUAGCUAGCUUUUCAACUAUGAAGGAAGACAAGGAAAACGCUCGGCCGAAGGAGCGAAAGGUGGAAAUAAAUUGUGACGAUGGAGAAAAGACGGAGAAGUCGAAGGAAAAGAAAGAGGCCAUGACAAAGAUUGUGAUCCGGCGGUUACCACCAAGUCUGACCAAGGAGGAGCUGGAGGAGCAGUUACAACCUCUCCCGGAGGUGGACUACCUUGAGUUUUUCUCCAAUGACGCCAGCCUUUAUCCUCACCUCUUUGCGAGGGCAUACAUCAAUUUUAAAAACCAAGAGGACAUAGUUCUGUUCAGAGAUCGAUUUGAUGGAUAUGUGUUCAUUGACAGCAGAGGACAGGAGUAUCCUGCCGUUGUGGAAUUUGCACCUUUUCAAAAGACUUCCAAGAAAAGAAGUAAGAAAAGGGACACAAAAUGUGGAACAAUCGAUGAAGAUCCUGAUUACAAGAAGUUUCUGGAAUUUUACAAUGGCGAUGAUGACAAGUUGGCAUCAACACCAGAGACACUGUUGGAAGAGAUUGAGGCAAAAUCAAAGGAACUUGUAGCUAAAAAAACAACUCCUCUGCUCGACUUCUUGAAGAAUAAACAGAGAAUCAGGGAGGAAAAGAAAGAAGAGAGAAGAAGGAGGGAGCUUGAGCGCAAGCGGCAACGUGAGGAGGAGCGCCGUAAGUGGAGGGAGGACGACCGAAGGAAGCGCAAAGAAGCAGAGAAAACCAAGAGGCAUGAGAAACCCCUGGAGAAGGACAGGGACCAAGUUAAAGAAGAACCAAAGAUUAAGCUUUUGAAGAAGCCAGAGAGAUGUGAUGAUGCUGAUUCUGAGAACCCCAAGGAAAAGAUCAAGAAACCGGAAUGGCAAAAUAAAGAAGACAGAUCCAUGGGGGGCGCCGAUCAUAAGAGGCGUCAACACAUUGAAAAUAAGGAGGAUCGAGGAAGGAAAGGGGACGAGGAAGGGAGGAAGGAGUUCAGGGAGCGUGACCUCGAACGAGACCGGGAGCGGGAGAAGGAGCGGCUGCAGAGAGAGAAGGAGCGCGUCCGGCGGCAGACGGAAAAUCGGCGUAGAAGGAGAGAGCGUCAGGAUGGAGAAACGUUGUGCAGGAGGAGGGACGAGGAUGUCAAAAAAGACAAAGAGCGUGCAAAGGAGAAGAAAAGGGGCGAAAACCUCGGAGACUCUUCUCACUCUGAGAGGCCAGAGAGGCUGACGAAAGACUACAGGAAGGACGAAAGUAGUAAAAGAGAGCGCCUGCGAAAUAAGGACCGGCCUGCGAUUCAGCUGUACCAGCCUGGAACCAGAAGUCGCACUCGAGGUGGAGGUGGAGGAGGAGGAGGAGGAGGAGGAGGAGGAGGAGGAGGAGGAGCAGCAGCUGCAGGAGGGGAUUCCAACUCUACCGACAGAAAGCCAGAUACUGAGAGCGAGAAAGUGGCUGACAAAGGAGAGGAUUGAGCACAUCUAUACUCAUGGCAUUUUACAUGUGGUGAGGAGAGAGGGAGACAGGCAUGUGAGGCUCAGAGCAGCAACGUGGCACCUCAGGGGACAUGCACAGCAGUUGAAGCAGGGCUGCACCCGGCUCUCCCAGUCCGAGGCAGAGCGGGGAUUGCGGAGCCUCUUUACGUUUUUAUUUGAUAAGAAAGGUAACUGUAAACUUUGGCUCACAGUUUGGCUGUAGGUCACCUUAGUUGAAACCAAAGCUUUCUUGGACCAUGUAAACUCAAAGUGACCUUGCUUAAGUAAUGUUUCUCUCAUGUACAGCGCAUACAAUGGCUUUAAACAUGUUCAUCCAUAUCACAACUUCCCAAUUCAAACAUUGCCAAGCUCAUCAAUAUUGCUUCUUCACUAAUCAGAUUUCUGUUGUUGCGUUGACGUGUUUAGUUUGAAGUCUAGACAUGGGAAUCUUACUCUGCCCGGGAAGGGAGACAAUUCAAAUAUAUGUGCAGUACUUAUUUUGUAUCCUGAGAUACAACGUCUGUACGUAAGCUGAUUUUGAGAUCCUAUGUUUUGUUCACAGUCAUACAGUGACAGCGAGAAAGCUGCCAUUUCAGACUAGACUGCGAUGUGACAGCCAUGCAAGCUCCAAUCAGAGGAGAGCGAUCAACCAGUGGCCUUCCAUGCUUUUCUAAACUGAAUAUGCUCUUAAACAUCAAUGUGUGUGGCACUAAACUGAAUACAGCAUGAGAACACAUCACUGCUGCUGAAGCUUAUACACAUUAGCCAUGUUUGACAUAUAAAUAAAAGAGCUCUUUGCUUAAGUGUA